CUUGGUAAUGGGGGAUCCCUUGGCAGGGGGUUUCUUGGCAACAGAAAGGAGUCCUUGGAUAUAGGAGUGCUGUUGGCAAUGGGUCCCAUGGCAGUAAGAGGGUUCCUUGGCCAGGGGGUGUCCCUUAGAGUAGGGAGGCCCUUGAUGAUGGAUCCUUUGGCAUUGAGAGACAAGGAAGGGGGGCCCUUAAUAGUAAGGGGCCCUUAGCAGUGGUGAGGAUGCUUGGGAAUGGACCCCUUGACAACAGGGGAGCCUUUAGCAAUGAGUCUCUUGGCAACUGAGGGGGGGUCCUUGGUCAUAGACCCUUCGGUUGUGGGGAUGUCCUUGGCAAUGGGUUCAUUGAUAGUGGGGUGAAGGAUUGGUAAUGAGGCCCUUGACAAUAGGGGGGCCCCCAUCCCGCAUCCUAUCUCUCAUGAGACCUUUUGCUGUCCCUGGAUGAAGCUGGUUCCCCAGCUCUGCCAUUCACCACGACCUCAUGCCUAAGAGAACUGAGGUACUCCAACAAUUGGAGCCAUUUAACAUUUUCAAUAUCAAGUGAGAAAGGGCAACUUUUUUUAACGCCCACCUCCUUUGCUCACAGUCUGCCUUGCUUUGCUGUUUCUCUGCCUGCCUGCCCCAUUUUGAAGAACAAGGAGCUCCACAGGCCCUCUGAGUGCUGCCCCACAGAGCUGACAUGGAUGAAAAAGAGGAAACGCUGCAAGCAAAAUGAGCUGAGCCUUGGAUCCUGCAGCCUGUUACCCUCCUGGCUGCCACUGAUAUGCCAGAGAAGCAUAUCUUCUGCAGCACAGAGUAGUGAUAAGAGUGUCUUUUACUGGUAAUUCUCAUACCAGGAGGAAGCCCACCCUCUGGGGUGGCUUCGGUUUCUUUGCGUGUGUCCGACGUCGGUGCGAGUUGCUUUGUUUGUAUGACUUCUGCUGACUGCUCUGCUUGAAGAGGAGAGGACUUCCUGCAGAUUUCCAUGAAGCGAUUUAAGAAAAUGCACCUUACAGCUGAUGACUGUGAAGCUCUCAGGCAGAGCGCUGAAGGUUUAUCCUCCCUGACACAGCCACUGAAUCAAAGGCGAAGCAGAGGAGAUGUCAACAGGGGCCUCCAACCCACUCAUAGAACAAGGAGGCAACCAAGAGCCCAAGGGCAGCAGAAGAACAUCAUGGAUUACUUUAAGAUCUCUCAGACACAGCAGGCAGUUGCUGGUAGGACAAAAAACAUAAGCAUCAAGGAAGAAUUGCUGGAUCCUUUCUUUGCUGAAGAUGAUGAAAGUAACAUCUCCAAUGUGAUGGAGACAAGUGGUGACUCCUCCUCAUUUCUGGAGGAUGAGUGCAUGGAAAACUCAAGAAAAAGGCCUCUGUCUUCCACAGCUCCAAGCAGACUUCAGAUAGAGAAUGAUUUGUGGGGUGAGCCUGAGAAGAAGGCAGUGGUGGUUCAUCCUGAGCUCAGUCAAAUCAAGCAAGAACUUGAUGAUGAAAUAGAGAUCGAGCCAGUCCCUGAUGCACACUAUGGACUCCUGGGGAUUCGCAACUGGGAAAUACCUCAGGGAAGCAUUGAAGAUUUGCCUGAUGAAGUCUUGAGGAUCAUCUUUGCUUUCCUACCAGUGACUGAUCUGUGUCAAAACCUGAGCCUGGUGUGCCACCGCUGGAGGAUUAUUGUUAGUGACCCAAGGUUCAUCCCAUGGAAAAAGCUGUACCAUCAGUACUUGGUGAAGGAAGACAUGGCUCUGCGCAGGGUUGAACAGAUCUUGCAGGAUUUUGCCAUAACAGAUCAGCGUGAAGAAUGUAUUUUGGGUCUCAUCAGGUGUGUCUCUGCCAUUCCCACCAGCAGGCACGUAGAUCCCAGGGCAGUCCUCCACUGUUUGAAGUGUCACCACCUCUUCUCAAGGGCUGAAGUCUGCAUCACAAACAAACUGCCAGACUUACAAAGCAAGGCAGGGCCUGAGAAAAUGUGGGCCAUCAUCACAGCAAUGGUGCUUUUCUCUGAUGGUGUCCGUGACAUCCAAAAACUGAUGGCAUGCCUGCAGAGACCCUGCUCUUCCCUCUCCUUUGUGGACGUGACUGAGACACUUUACUGCAUUGCCACACUGCUGUAUGCCAUGAGGGAGAAGAACAUCGCCAUCACUAACAGGAUCCAUUACAAUAUUUUCUACUGCUUGUAUCUGAUGGAAAAUGCUUCUGUGACUGCACCACAGAUGGUAGAAGAGGGGACGCCGUCUUCACAAUGCAGGCAGGAUUUCUGGUCCAGUAGUUUGUCUGAAGUGAAACUGACCCAUGAGCAGCAAAGGAUUUUGAAUCACAAAAUUGAGCGUGGUCAAAUAGUGAAAAUUAUGGCAUUUGCAGGUACAGGAAAGACCUCAACGUUGGUGAAGUACGCAGAGAAGUUUGCUGACCUCAGUUUCCUGUAUGUGACAUUUAAUAAAGCUGUUGCAGAGAGGGGCAGGCUGGUCUUCCCCAGGAAUGUUACGUGCAAGACUUUUCACUCUUUAGCAUUUGGAAGCGUUGGCAAACAAUAUAAAGAGAAAGGCAAACUGAACUUCUCGAAGCUCUCGGCGUACUCUGUGAGUUUUCUCAUCCAGAACCGUGAGGGACAGUCUAUCUUCAUCAGAGGGAAAACAGUCUCACAGACCCUUGAAAACUUUUUUGCCUCUUCAGAUGAAGAGAUAUGUGAAGAGCACACGCCUAUUUGGUUCAAAAACACCCAUGGAGAGAGAAAACUUGUCAGCCCAGAAGAAAAGAGAAUCAACGUGGAAGAAGCAAAAGAGAUAUGGUACAACAUGAAGAAGCUGGAUGGAGAUGUAGAGAGGAAAUACAAGAUCACUUGUGAUGGGUAUUUGAAACUCUGGCAGCUCAGUAAGCCUCAGCUUUUGGGAUAUGAUGCCAUUUUUGUUGAUGAAGCACAGGACUGCACGCCAGCCAUUGUGGAUAUUGUGCUGUCACAGACAUGUGGUGUCGUCCUCGUAGGAGACCCCCAUCAGCAGAUUUAUUCCUUCCGAGGUGCUGUCAAUACCCUCUAUACUGUGCCUCAUACCCAUAUCUACUACUUGACCCAGAGUUUCAGAUUUGGUCCUGAAAUAGCUUAUGUUGGAGCAACCAUUCUGGAUGUCUGCAAGGGCAUCAGGAAUAGGACAUUAGUGGGUGGAAACCAAGAGGGUGAUAUCAGAGGCAACAUGGAAGGGAAGAUAACAAUGCUGUCACGAAGCAAUUUCACUGUGUUUGAGGACGCUGCAAAGCUUGCUGGACGAGAGAGGCAGAUUAAAAUACACAUCAUUGGGGGACUUGUGCGUUUUGGCCUGAGCAAAAUUUAUGAUAUUUGGAAGCUCAGUCAACCUGCAGACGAACGGGCGAAAGCAAACCUUGUGAUAAACGACUCCUUUAUCAAGAGAUGGGAAGAAAACGAGGGCUUCAUUGGUUUGAAGAAUUAUGCAACGCGUGUUGAUGACAAAGAGCUGGAAAUGAAGAUUAGGAUAGUGGAGAAGUUCAAAGAGCAGAUCCCUGAGUUGGUGCGGAAGAUCGAGAGCAGCCACGUGUUGCAAGAAGCUAUGGCAGAUUACCUAAUAGGCACCGUCCACCAAGCCAAAGGCCUGGAGUUUGACACAGUGCUGGUUGCAGAUGACUUUGUGGAUGUACCAUGUCCCAGAGACAAUAACCAGGGAAGACCCCAAUUCAUUAUUGGCAUGCAUCCUGAGGAUGAGUGGAACCUGCUUUAUGUUGCAGUGACACGUGCAAAGAAAUGCUUGUUAAUGUCACAGUCCCUGGAGCACCUUUUGGCAUUGGCAGGGGAGCACUUCCUUCGAGUGGAGCUGAUGGGUGAGGCUGUGAAGACCGGGGUUGCUUGUUCUGCACAACAGUGUACGCAGACCUUGCAAUCUGGCACCAGGCUGGUUGUGAAGAAGCUGCCUCUGAUUCAUAGCAACGGCAGCAGGAAUAUGGGUGGCUACCUUUGCUAUUCCUGUGUGCAGAAGCGUUUUGGCACUAUGACACCCCUGGCCUUCCUCCCAGCACUUUAUGAAGAGCCCAUCGUGCUCUAACGAAGCCUUGCAAGUCCCAGAGCCAUUGCCUCAUCCCAGAGCUGUACUGAGUGCAGGAUGACAACUGCUGUCACAUCCAUGCUCCAAAAUCAGGUUGGAUUCUUGGGACCAGCUCAAGAGGAACCAUCCAGGUUGUCUAUAUGGAGUGGUGAGACCUUUUCUCAAGCCCUGCAGGAGCUGGUCAGCAUGAGCUGCAUCACUGCACAGAAGAAUAUGCACAGCACAGUCUAUUGGACAGGACAGCUUUUUUAUUUUAUUUUAUUUUAUUUGAGCACUACUCAUCCAUCCUCUCCAUCUCCAGGAAAAUACUUUCAGUGACAAAGCUGCUGGGGUUUCCCUGCCUUUUCUACCACUUUGUGCCUCAGGGAAAUCCUCAUCCAACAAAAGAGGAGCUUGAUGCUGGGAAGUACCCAGAAAAACUUGUUGUUCCUAGAAAAUGAACUUUUUCCCAGAGCCUGUUUCAACUGGGACAUUUUCACUGUCAGUUCUGGAUCGCUGGGGAAGAAGGAAGUCAUAAUCUCUCCCAGCUGAAUUUAAGUCAUUUGCCUUACUUGCAGCCAAGAAGUUUCUUCGGGCUCAAUUUCUCUUUGUAGCAAAGCACUGAGGGAAGAGAGGCAGCAUUUGAAGAACUGCUUCAAUUUAAUUCCAGUCUAACACAGCUGAUCAGAAAGAAGCCAGAGAACAUUUUUAAUACAGAGAUAAAGUUUGUGGCAAAAAAAAACCAACUGCUUUAAUGAUUUGUUUUUUCCUCACCCAUUAAGAAGUCUUCCUGGGUUAUAUUUAUUUUUCAGCCAUCACAAUAGCAAUGGUACCAGCAGAAUGGUGACCCUGUCAAUCAGAGGGUGGCUUAUGCUGCCUGCCUGAAGAUAACACCUUGGCUUGUUGUCCCGGAGGCCACAUCAUACACAGAUCAAAACUGAAACCAGUUUAGGUAGAGGCGUGAUCUUGGCGUUCAGCCUGGAGCCAUGAGCAAUGUUUGUUGAAGGCUCCCACAUCCUGUUGACUUCCACUGUUAUU